UUGGCACGAGAAAAUUUACUGCUUUCAAGGAGGAUAGUCCUACCUUCAUCAAUCCGCAACGAGAUUGAGUUGAAUUUAUCCUUCAACACAUGCUUUUCUGAACUUCACGGUAUUUGUUCUUUUCCUACGGCAACUGUGGAAUUCGAGAAGGGAGAGUUAUUUUCACCCUCUGUGUAUUACACUUUGAUGGUUCGACUUCAUUUCGCGGAUAUGCAACAGGGACAGAAAUUAGGCAUAUUUCAAAAUGUUUUAUCGCUCUAUGACGGAGAAGAUUUGAUCAAAACUUACACAAAGUCGACUUAUUUGAAAGAACCCUCUUCGCUCACAAAGAUGACCUGGUUUCUGUUUUUUCCACUGUAUUUGGCUGGUUUCUUCCAUAACUAUAACAUUCUGGAGGUUCCUUUAGCAGCAGAGUAUAUAGAGACAUGUGAUCGUUCAUCAUCGAAACUCGUAUUUCAACUUCAAAAUCGCUUUGCGCAGAUUGACAGCGCUGUUCUCGUAAUCGAUGCUCGUUUUGGAAUCAUACGACACUUAUUAUACAACUGGCCUUUGACUACUUCCUUUAUUAUUUUUGUGUCUUCACUUCUGGAGCUUAAUCAUCCUAGUCGUGUCUAUUAG